CCCUCUGUGUCACCCAGCCGCGAUUCCGGCUGGUUGUGCCACGGAGGGGCCCUUCGGAAGGUGAAAGGGCUUGAAAAUAAACGGUCACAUCCAGAGGCAGCUUUGCAGCGUGCGUUAAAGAGUGUGUGGGGGCGUGGGUAAAGGGAUCCUGUCUCUUUAAAAUCGCUGGGCUGGACAAUGAGCGCACAGGAUGUGGUUUGGCGGCAGGGUUUUUUCCCCUUCGAUUUGGGGAAUUAUCACAUGGGGCCUUCUUGAGCUGGUGUGAAAGAGAGGCGGCGUGGGGAGGAGAGAUACAGACUCCACACAGUCACUCACACACACUCUGUGCAGUUGAUCGUUCUCUUAAACCAAAUUAGCCAGGGCUCUCGUUACUAUGGUGCAGCCGGGGCUUGCAGAAUCCCAGUAAUAGCAUUUAUUAGGUCUAUUUGCCUGGAAGCAUGCCUUUCCGGAUCUGAUAAUGCACCAGUGCAGGGAGAGUGUGGAAGAAGGUAUCAGGCAUUUGAUUACACUUGCAACAGGGAUUUUUAAGGGUGGGGUGCGAGGAAGAGAAAAGGAGAGAAAGAAGCCGCCCGCCUUAGGAGCUCACCCGGGCUGGGCGGUGUGUGCCUUUCCGCAGUCCCGCGUGGGUUCACAAAAGGCGGGCCAGAGCUCCCCCCCCCCCCACCCCGCCCCACUCCCCGGGCACGGUUUGGGGAUUCUCCUCCCAGGCCCCGGCGGCGGGUGAACUCCGGCUCCCGCAGCUGUCAGCCGUGGGUGGGGAGGGCGGGCCGGCGGCCAGAGCGCAGAGUUGGGCAGCCGAGGGGGGCCCGGCGGCGCCCGCAGCCGCCCACUGUUUGCAAACGGCCCCGCUUUGGGGCAGAGCGGAGCGCCCCGCUGCCAGCAACGGCAGCCUCCCCGCGUUUGGAGAGGGGAGCCCAGCUCUCGGCGCCCCGAUCCUAGUCCGCACGGAUCCGCUGCCCGGCUCGGCGGCCGCGCUGGGGGAAGCUCGCAAGUGAAACUAUUAUUAUCGCCCUGCAAAGCAUGGAGCUCUUGGAAGACGCCGCGUAGAGACGGAAGGAGCCGCCGCCGCCUGCAGCCGCCCGCCGCUGCGCCCCUACCCUUUCGCUUUCAUUAGGGGAGACAAAUCUGCUGUCAGGCAGCCAGCUUUCCAAUUUACCGAUAAUGAUUCUUGCAUGAAAAUUGAUCGAGGGGCUCUCCACCGCCGUGCGCUCUCGCCUCCCCGCUCUCCUCCUGCUCCUUCUGCCCGGGCGCCCGAGCCCCCGCGAGUUCUUUCUCCUCCUUCCCCCACCCCUGCUCUCUGAGUCAGUGGUGGGACGCCGGCCCGGGGAGAUAACCAAAAAAAAAAAAAAAAAAAAAAAAAAGAAAAAAAGAAAAAGGUUUGGGGGGGGAGUUGUUGGUGGCGAGAGGGGGAGGGGAGCCGGCUCCUCGGCCUGCUUUCUCCUGCCGGAGACUUGUUUGCAAUCGCUGCCUCUUUUAUUUACGAGAAGAAAUCUCCCCCUCGGUACUUCUUGGCUGUUUGGGUAUUAAUUUUCUCCUCUCCCCUCUCUCGCUCGCCCCCUCCUCCUCUUCCCCCACCCCGCCCCUCCUCACCCAGUAGCUAAGGGGAAACGAAAACAAAGCCGAUUUCUCCUUGGCAACAAGAGAUACCCCCUCCCGCCGCCCCCCCUUCCUUUUUCCUUCUGGUUCUGAACGUGAAACCCUGUUGGAAACAGGUCCCUUGACCCUCGCCCUUGACAUUCAAAUGGCUGAAUGGAGGAGAGAUUGCUACUCGCACGUCUUGGGGCUGCUUCUCUCUCUCUCUCUCCCUCUCCUCUCUCCUUUUUUUCUUUCAAAUGAGUAAUCCCUGAAGAUCUUAACCCCCCAAUUUCAUCACCCUCACCUCCCCCCUUUAUUUUUCUCGCGCUCCUCUCCGCUCUCCCGCCUGCUUCCCUCCGCCGUGCGCCCCCCUCCUUUUUUUAUUUGCAUCUCAAGUCCAAAAGGCAGAAAAUACACACGCGGCGAAGACACCGGGCAGCCGUGGAGGCUCCGGCCCGUCCUCGGUCGUCAGUCACCCCAUUGUGGAUCUGCCCGGGCCGAGGUGGCCGAAACUGCCCGGGCGCUGGCCCGAGAGAGAGCCUUUUCAUCAUCUUAGGGAGGGGGAAAAAAAAGGGAAGAAAAAGACAUUUUUCUCCGUCGCUCUCGGGAUCUCUCUUCUGUCUUUAUUUUAUUGUUUUGGACAUUUUUGAGCGCCUGGGCUUGGACGGCCCUUUUUGUCUCACUGCUGGGUUAAAAAAAAAAAAUUUUUUUUUUUUUUUUUUUUUUUACCUUCUUCAUCCCUCUCUGGCCACUAUGGAAUUCUAAUUUGAAUCAUGUUUGGAUUGAAGCCGCCACUGUAUUACUUACCAGGCAUGAGCCAUGAGCCCAAGUCCCCUUCACUAGGGAUGCUUUCCACCGCGACCAGGACCACCGCCACCGUCAACCCCCUCACCCCCUCGCCGCUCAAUGGCGCCCUGGUGCCCAGCAGCAGUCCCACCACCGGCAGUGCGCUGUCGGCCCAGGUCGCGCCGUCCUCCAGCUUUGCCGCCGCGCUGCGCAAGCUCGCCAAACAGGCGGAGGAGCCCAGAGGGUCUUCGCUGAGCAGCGAGUCGUCCCCCGUGUCCUCACCGGCCACCAACCACAGCUCUCCCGCCAGCACGCCCAAGCGCGUGCCCAUGGGCCCCGUCAUCGUCCCCCCUGGGGGCCACAGUGUGCCCAGCACACCCCCCGUGGUGACCAUCGCCCCGACCAAGACCGUCAAUGGCGUCUGGAGGAGUGAGAACCGACAGGACGCCGGCUCUCGGGGCGGCGGCGGCGGUCGGGAGCGCCUCAUCGUGGAGCCCCCGCUGCCCCAGGAGAAGGCGGGGGGCCCCGCCAUCCCCUCCCACCUGCUCAGCACCCCCUACCCUUUCGGCAUCUCCCCCAGCUCCGUGGUGCAAGACUCGCGCUUCCCACCGCUCAACCUGCAGCGGCCUGUGCACCACGUGGUGCCCCCGAGCACCGUGACCGAGGACUACCUGAGGAGCUUCCGGCCCUACCACACCACCGAGGACCUCCGCAUGACCUCCCUGCCUCCCCUGGGCCUGGACCCGGCCGCCGCGGCCGCCGCCUACUAUCACCCCAGCUACCUGGCCCCGCACCCCUUCCCCCACCCAGCCUUCAGGAUGGACGACUCCUACUGCUUGUCAGCCCUGCGGUCCCCCUUCUACCCCAUCCCCACGCCCGGCUCCCUGCCCCCGCUGCACCCAUCGGCUAUGCAUCUCCACCUGUCCGGGGUCCGCUACCCCCCCGAGCUCUCCCACUCGUCCCUGGCGGCGCUGCACUCGGAGCGGAUGUCCAGCCUCAGUGCCGAGAGGCUACAGCUGGACGAGGAGCUGAGGCGCGAGCGGGAGCGGGAAGCCGACCGCGAGCGCGAGAAGGAGCGCGAGCGGGAGAAGGAGCGCGAGCGCGAGAAGGAGCUGGAACGGGAGCGGGAGAAGGAGCGCGAGCGGGAGCUGGAGCGCCAGCGGGAGCAGCGGGCCCGCGAGAAGGAGCUGCUGGCGGCCAAGGCGCUGGAGCCGGCCUUCCUGCCCGUGGCCGAGCUGCACGGGCUGCGGAGCCACGCCGCGGAGGAGCGGGCCAAGCCCUCGGAGCAGCUGACCCCCACGCGCCCAGAGAAGCUGAAGGAGGCAGGUCUGCAAGCCCCGAAGCCCGUGCAGCACCCCUUGCACCCGACGCCCGCCCCCCACCACAGCGUGCCCAGCCUCCUCUCCAACCACAGCAUCUUUUCGCUGCCGGGCAGCAGCGCGGCCACGGCCCUGCUGAUCCAGCGCACCAACGAGGAGGAGAAGUGGCUGGCGCGGCAGCGGAGGCUGCGGCAGGAGAAGGAGGACCGGCAGUCCCAGGUGUCCGAGUUCCGGCAGCAGGUGCUGGAGCAGCACUUGGACAUGGGCCGGCCCCCGGCGCCCGCGGAGGCGGAGCACAGGCCCGACAGCGCCAGGCCGGGACCGAACCGUCAGGAGCCGGGCAGCCGAGACCCCCCGCAGCACUUUGGCGGGCCCCCGCCCCUCAUCUCGCCCAAGCCCCAGCACCACUCCGUGCCCACGGGCCUCUGGAACCCCGUGUCCCUGAUGGACAGCACCCUGGAGACGCGGCGGGCCCCCGAGAGCCACCCCCUGCACAGCCACCCCGCCCCGUUCGAGCCCGGCCGCCAGGCGGCCGUCCCCCUGGUGAAGGUGGAGCGGGUCUACUGCGCGGAGAAGGCCGAGGAGGGGCCCCGGAAGCGAGAGGCCGCCCCCCUGGACAAGUACCAGCCGCCCCCACGGGAGGCGGGAAGCCUGGAGCCCCAGGCCUUCACCCACGGGCCCGCGCCCUUCCUGGCGGAGCUCGAGAAGUCCACGCAGACCCUCCUGGGCCAGCAGCGGGCCCCCCUCUCCCAGCCGGCGCCCUUCGGGGAGCUCCCCGGGCCCCUGAAGCCGGGCUCGCCCUACCGGCCCGCGGCCCCCCGGGGCCCCGACCCCGCCUACAUCUACGACGAGUUCCUGCAGCAGCGCCGGAAGCUGGUCAGCAAGCUAGACCUGGAGGAGCGCAGGCGGCGAGAAGCCCAGGAGAAAGGGUACUACUACGACCUGGACGACUCGUACGAUGAGAGCGAUGAGGACGAGGUCAGGGCGCACCUCCGCUGCGUGGCCGAGCAGCCGCCGCUCAAGCUGGACACGUCCUCCGAGAAGCUAGAGUUUUUGCAACUUUUUGGCUUGACCACCCAACAGCAGAAGGAGGAAUUGUUGACCCAGAAGCGGAGGAAGCGGCGGCGGAUGCUGAGAGAGAGAAGCCCGUCGCCCCCGACGGUUCAGAACAAGCGGCAGACGCCUUCGCCGAGACUCGCACUGUCCACGCGCUACAGCCCCGACGACAUGAACAACAGCCCCAACUUCGAGGAGAAGAAGAAGUUCCUGACGAUCUUCAACCUGACUCACGUCAGUGCCGAGAAGAGGAAAGACAAAGAGAAACUUGUUGAAAUGCUCCAUGCCAUGAAGCAGAAGGCACUGUCCGUGGUGGUGGCGGACCCGCUCAGGAACUCUCCGAGGGACAGUCCUGCUAUCUCCCUGAGCGAACCAGCCACGCAGCCAACCUCUCUGGAUGCGGAGAAGCCUGUGGGUGUCGCUGCUUCCCUGGCUGAUGUCCCAAAGGCCACGGAGCCUGGGAGACUGGAGCAGCUGCGGCCCCAGGAGCCUGCUCCUGCCGGCGGCGAGAAGGCCAGGCUGAGCGAGGCCCCCGGGGGCAAGAAGGGCGUGAGCAUGCUCCAUUACAUCCGGGGCCCCGCGCCCAAGGACAUUCCCGUGCCGCUGUCCCACAGCAUCAACGGGAAGAGCAAGCCGUGGGAGCCCUUCAUGGCGGAGGAGUUUGCACAUCAGUUCCACGAGUCUGUGCUGCAGUCCACCCAGAAGGCCCUGCAGAAGCACAAAGGGAACGUGGCCGUGCUGUCUGCGGAGCAGAACCACAAAAUGGACACGUCCAUCCACUACAACAUUCCCGAGCUGCAGUCGUCCAGCCGGCUCCCCGUGCCCCCGCACAACGGGCAGCAGGAGGCCCCCGCCGGGAGGAAGGGCCCCCUCACGCAGGAAAUGGACCAGGCCUCGGAGGACGACGACGAAGACGGGGAGGAGGACGACGACGAGCCCCCCAGGCGCAAGUGGCAAGGGAUUGAGGCCAUUUUUGAAGCUUAUCAGGAACACCUAGAAGAGCAAAAUCUGGAGCGGCAGGUGUUGCAGACGCAGUGCAGGCGGCUGGAGGCACAGCAUUAUAGCCUCAGCCUCACAGCCGAGCAGCUCUCUCACAGCAUGGCGGAGUUGAGGAGCCAGAAACAGAAGAUUGUUUCCGAGAGGGAGCGACUCCAGGCAGAACUCGAUCACUUAAGGAAGUGCCUUGUGUUGCCUGCAAUGCACUGGCCUAGAGGUUACUUUAAGGGAUAUCCUAGGUGACGGUUUCCCUUGUGCUAGGCCGAACCUAUAGUAUAGAAAUAUUAUCUAUUUUAUUACCUUGAAUAUUUAAUAUUUUUCACUGGGAGGUUUGAAGCUUAAAAUUUAAAAAAAAGAAAAAAAAAAAAGAAAAAAAAAGAGAAUGUGCCAUGCAUGAAGCAACGGACUCCAGGCCCCAGAAGAACGAACCUGCCUUGACUUCAAUGCAAGGAAUCACCUUUGUCAUUCAGCGAGCAACCGACUAGGACGCCCAUCGUUCUUUUUGUUUGGUCUUUUCUUUUCUUUUGAAAGGUGGUUUUCUUCUUCCCCCACGCCAUUAUUUUCUAGUCUGAAAGUGAAGGCUCCCUUACCAACACUAAAACCGUAUCAUUGAGGGCCCCUGGGUGCGGAAGAACGGAUCAGACCGACUGUGUUGGGUUUCUGGUGUGGCCACGCGGCUCCCCGCCUCCUCGAGCCCCCCGUCCCCUUCCGCCCCGGCGCGGGGUCGGCCUCGCUCCUCCCCAGGACGGAGACCGGCUUCGGCAGAAGGAAGGUGGGGUGCAUUUUCCUGGCAAAGGGCUUAUUUGUUUGUUACUUUUCUGCAAAAUUUUCUCCGAAGCAACAGGUCCUAGGAGCCCACAAAGCACCAAUACCGAAGCCUCACCCACAGGCUUUUCCCCGGAAAAGCUCUUAUCUAAAGUGCAUCACCCAACUGAAGGUACCUUUUUACUACUCCGUGGGGGAAAAUGUACAGAGCUCUAUGUAUACAUACGUUCACACCCACGAAAUUGUUACUGCGGUGGGUUGUGUUUUCAUACAAACGUAAAUUUUGAGAGAAAAGUCAAAGGUGCUUCAGCCUUGUACUGUGUAUAUAUAUUAAAAAAAAAAACAAAGUUUUGUAUGUUUUUAUUACUUUAAUUAUUGUUAUAAAAAGCCUGCCAUUUUUAAAUAUGUGGUUUGGGGGAUUUUUGUUUGUUUGUUUUCCUGUUUGGGGGUUCUGUUUGUUUUUUUGCUUUUGUUUUCCUGGGCAAAAAAACUUGCUUUUAGUGUUUGUACUGCUGCUGGUCAGGACAUUAAACUAUUGAAGUGUUUUUAACAAUUAAAGAAGAAGAAAAGUCAAACAGCUUACCACUGGCGCCUAUGCGAUCACUUCGUUUUUGAGUUGCACCAGAAAGUGACGUAGAAAGCCAGGUGUUGUUCCUUCUUACCUCCUCCUGUCCCCUCCCCCUGGCUCUGGGGCGCAGACAGAACCAGUUGCUACUGUGGAGGGGCUCGGCCCCCGGCGGGCAGAGGCCGCCCGGUGCACCCGAGCGCGCCCGCGGCUCCGCCGAAAGAACCUGUCAGGAAGGGAGCGAGUUCUGUGAUAGGAUUCUAAGGUGUCUUACAGCAGUCUGAGAACAGGUGCAAAGUAGAAACUUUAGAAGCUUUAUUUAGAUGCAAAGCUUUGUAAAAGCCUAAAAGUAGGUAAACCAUGUCUGAGCUGAACUUCCCCUCCUUUCGAACUUACUGUCCUGAGCACAGGAGCGGCUAGAAACCGGGGAAGCCAUCUCUCUUCGCGCAAAGCAGUAUUUCCUUCUCGGCCCCGUUCCAGCUCAUCCAGGCAGGGUCUCCUCUCGCCCGAACGGGCCCAGACCCGAGGCCCAAGCAGCCAGGGGCGGGUCCGUCGGGGGUGGGGGUGGAGGCGAGAACCUUGCUGGCCGCGGUCCCUUUCACCCUGGGUCAGGGACAGGCUGGCCGACCUUCAGGAAGGCUACUCACUGGGCUCAGUGGCCGCGCCCUCGGCACCAGACCUUAGCUGUGCAGAACAGCUUGCUGGCAGAUGGCAUUGUGUUGCUUUAUCUGUUCCCACACAGUUUGCUUUGUAUGUCUGCCAAGAAUCUUCUAGUUAUUAGCAAACUCAGACAAAAAGUGCCGCCAGUAUUAUCAGCAGUCAACAAGCGCCUUCCUCUCCACAAAAACGACUCGAGAACGCAGGCCUGUGCUGCGGGCCUCCCCUCCCCUGCAGAGACACUGGGAGCCCAACUCGUUCCACAGGUGGGGAUAGGUGUUGAGAGGGGGCUCGGCUGCGAGCAGUCAGGGGACGAGGUGACCGAAUUUCUCCCGAGUCGGCUGGCUCGUUCCGGUCUGAAAGAGCAAGCUCAAGGGCUCCACCUCAGCACCCCACUCCCCGCCCUCCCCCGGCCCCGGAAAAGGGCCGGACGCCCCUGCUAAGCAGCUUGGGGAGGGCUCGAGGAAACCGCCCCGCCCCUCGCCAUCCGAGGGGAGCCCCCUGUUGGGGUGCUGUUACAGGUCGAGGGCCACGCCCAUAGGGGGGCGGUCACCACCCAGGGGUGGAAGCCGUGGGUGCAGCUAGAAGGGCUCCGCUCCCUGCCGCUGGAGACUAACCGCCUCCCCUGCCUUCCAGCCUCGGUCCCUCCUCCUCCCCGCACUCCCACCUCAGUAGAAAGACAAUCAGAAUACAGACCAGUAAGGCAGCACGAAGAAACUAAGGAAGGGAAGAAAGCAGAGGUGCACCACGAGGACCUGGCUUUCCCGUCCGGUGGCUAGUUUUCGUUUUCAGAGGGUUUGGAAACAACAGCACCACCUCUCUUCAGUUUGGGCUUAAAAAUGGACAAACGCGUGAUCCUUGUCCGCUAUUUCACGUUGAGUUUAAAAGACAGAGUUGAGAAGUACGCCAGAUCUGCUCUAGAGCUCAUGACGUAACCCGGGUCAGUAUUUUCGUGGAGACCCCCGUCUUGCACGACCGUGUGUCUUCCUGCCGCCCCUGCGACACUUGGCUGCCGUCCGUCCUCAAGGGGACUGCACUCCGCUUGUGAGGGUCCUCUUCCAAAGUGGGGUCCUGGGGUUCUGCAUUUAAUCCCAUCCUUAGAAACGAACCGGGAGCCCCCGAACUUGGCGCUUACGACCUGAUCCUUUGAAAAUGUUGUUUCCUCUAAUUAGAGCCAAAGGGACAUAAAAUCAUGACCUCCGUCCAUGAUCUCAGAUAAGUGACCAAGAUAGGACUUAACAGGAUUUUUUUUUUUUUCCUACAGAAUAUAGGCUAAACACUUCAUUGGCAUUCACAUUCUAAUAGAUUACAUCCUUAAGGAAAUUCCAAGAAUACUUAGAGGAGCCGGCACUCUCGGCAGCGGAGGAUCCUAGUACAAGAAGGCCUGUACGUGGAAUGGGUUUUACUCCAGUAGCUCGAUUAGGCUGCCAAAUCUCAAAAAUCAGGCGCCCCCUUUCCCCUCUGAGCGGUCUUCAAAGUAGAAAAUUCCAGGGAUCCACCACAAGAUGGAGAUGGUCGGCACAAGCCAAUUCUGUAACUCUUAGCUGUGUAUUAGCCACUUAGCAGCGGAAAUAUCCCGCACCCCACGGAAACCAGUACCUGACUUCUCCCGUCUUACAGUAGCCAGUCCCAACUUUUUGAUCCAGCACUUAACUUAGACUCCUUCAUUCUGCCUUGACCUGAGGAAGGCCACGCUGAUUGGUUGUGUUACUUUGUAUGUGCCCUGUGCUCACUUGCUAGAACAGUAAAACCAGUACAUGGGAGGGAGGAGGAAUGCCUCGGUCACUCUGGGGGCAGUUUAGAUGCUGUGAAAUUAAACCUGUUCUAAGUGUACUUGUUUGAAUUAAUUGUAUUGUAAUAUUAUUUGUUGAAUGUAGUAAUUAGGUAUUUAUGAAUAUAUUGCUGUAAUUUCUGACAACAUCCAAAAAAAUAAAAUCUUCCUAAAUCA